AUGUCUUCAGCUUCAGGAAUUUUCUCUUUUUCUCAAACAGGACCAUCAACUGGUCCGUCAGGAUCAGCAUGGGACAAUGCGACAGUAGCAGGCUCACAGAACUUCUUUGCGGACCAGGGAGAAUCCGAGGACUUCUUCCCACUGGGCCCCUUUCCCACAAGGAACCGCAUGGAGACCGUGGAUGAUUUUCAGAAUAUCUGGAUGCCAGCUGCACCAGCAGUCUGCCAGAACCAGACUCAAAAGGCCGAGCCGAUGCGUCGAAUCUGCUCCAAGGGUUCUGCGUCUAGCCACAAGACUACCGACUCGCUUCCGAGCAGGAGCCCAUCCGGGCUCCAGUCAACAAUGUCACAAUGCGCUUCUCAAGCGUCAAACUUUGACAUGACAGGUAAUGAAUCCACUACCUACACGGACGGACUCCAGGGAAAUGGUCGUUCCAUGGACUCCCAGUUCCUUUUCCAGCAGUCCCACAGUCUGACGACAACGCCGGAGAUUAUCCUGACCGGCCCUGCUAUCCAGCCCAUGAUGACUGGUUCGAACCUCGAGAUCAGCAUGUCGGCCGUUGGAGGUGACGAGCAGGUCCAGCUGCAGGACUGGGCCGCUUCACUUCCUGGUGGCGAAGGUGAGAAUGCCAGGGACCAUCCGCUCUACAGGACCGCACUGCCCCAAGCCGAUGGCCUCUACCACUGCCCUUGGGAGGGACAAACGGGUUGCUGCCACAGACCAGAGAAGCUCAAGUGCAACUACGACAAAUUCGUUGAUUCCCACCUGAAGCCCUACCGUUGCAAGAUGGAGAGCUGCAAGGAACUCCCCUUCUCCUCCACGGCCUGCCUGCUCCGACACGAGAGGGAGGCGCACGGUAUGCAUGGCCACGGAACCAAGCCUUACCCUUGCACCUUCAGUGGAUGUGACCGUGCCCAACCCGGGAAUGGCUUCCCUCGCAAGUGGAACCUCCAUGACCACAUGCAGCGUGUCCACAACGCCGCGCCUCCCUCGCCUGACGAGGACGGACGCAAGGAUGCCGCCAGAUCCAGGAAGAGGAAGAGCGACGCGAACGCCAACAACACCGGUCGCAAGUCUCCCAAAUCCCGCAAGACCAGCCCGAAGAUGCAACCCCAGGUGCCAGUCAAGGUUGACAUGUCAGCAAAACUCCGAGAGGAAUGGUCCACCAUCCAAACUGGCCUGCCCAGCAUUGUCCACGAACUCGGUCAGCUUGACGGUCCCACGGUCAUGAUGCAGCUCAGCCGCCUCAAGGACAGCCUGAACACACUGGAGAGGAUCCACAUGGACUACACGGCCCACAUCAGGAGCACCGAUCCAGCUCGGCUCCAGGACCUUCACUUCGUGCAGCAAUCAGGCUGA